UGCAUCUCAUGUGAAACAAAUCGAACCAGCUCAAUUGUUAAACACAUAUCAUCCCUUGGAGACUUGCAGUCAUGGGUUCAGCCAAUGGCCUAGACGCAUCUGAACUCUUUGAAGGCCAAGCUCUGUUAUACAUGAACAUGUUUGGCUUCCUACAAACCAUGUCUCUCAAAUGGGCUAUGCAACAAGGCAUAGCAGACAUCAUAUACAACCAUGGCAAACCCAUCACUUUCACUGAGCUGGUCACAACCCUGCAAAUUCCACCAGCCAAAACCAGUUUGGUGAAGCGACUGAUGCGAUUUCUGGGACACAAUGGAAUCUUCGCGAUCGCCGGCGAAGAAGAAGAAGAUCAUGAAGCAUAUGAUCUCACCCCUGCAUCAAAGCUUCUUAUAUCAAAGGCGGCUCACGCCGGCCGGUCCGACCCCUGUUUGGCUCCGAUCAUUCGGAUGUCGGCCGAUCCACUUCUGAUCAACAAGUUCCAUCAGCUGGGGGAGUUUCUUUCCGGCGAUGUUGAAACUUUGUAUGAGGUCGCCUAUGGGAAACCUGUGUGGGGAUUUCUUAAGGACAACCCUGAAUAUCAGAGUAUUUUCAAUGAGGCCAUGGCAAGUGAUUCUCAAUUGGUUCACUUGGCGUUGAAAAACUGCAGUUCUGUGUUUGAGGGGCUGGAUACCCUUGUGGAUGUUGGUGGUGGGACAGGAACUACGGCCAGGAGUAUUUGUGAGGCGUUUCCUAAGUUGAAGAUUGUUGUUUAUGAUCUUCCACAGGUUGUGGGGAACUUGUCAGGAAGCAACAAUUUGAGCUUUGUUGGUGGGGACAUGUUCAAAUCUAUCCCUGAAGCUGAUGCAGUUCUGCUUAAGUGGGUUUUACAUGAUUGGUCAGAUGAAGUUUGCAUACAAAUUCUGAAAAACUGUAAGGACUCUGUUUCAAGGAAUGGGAAUAGAGGAAAAGUGAUUAUCAUGGAUAUAAUAAUAAAUGAAAAGGAAGAUACCCAAGUUAUGACUCAAACAAAGCUUUGUAUGGAUUUAAUCAUGAUGGGGAUUAAUGGAAAAGAGAGAACUGGGAAAGAGUGGAAGCAUCUCAUCAAGGAAGCAGGGUUCAAAGACUACAAAAUAUUUCCCUUCUUUGGUUUUAGGUCUCUUAUUGAAGUCUAUCCUUAGACAUUGUUAUGAUCCUUUGUUUUACAUGUUUAUGAACUGAAUAAAGUUGUUAAGGCAUAGUGGUUAUUGUGUACGAA